AUGUCAACCGAUACAGGACACAUCUCUGGGUUCGGUGACACCUCUUGGGCCCUGAACAAUCCAGAGGCCAUGAUCGACUGGGGAUAUCGUGCAAUGCACGGCUCAGUUGUUGUGACCAAGGCGGUCCUAACUGCGUACUAUGGAUCUGUACCGAAUUAUUCCUAUUACGUUGCCUGCUCAACUGGAGACCGCCAAGGUCUUAAGGAGGUGCAGGAAUUUCCCGAGGACUUUGACGGCGUUCUUGUGAACGCGCCAGCUUGGUGGACAACCCGCCUUGGUGCAGCAGGCGUGCAGAGAGGCAUUCUCAACUUGCCAUCUGAUGAUCCGAAGCACAUUCCAGUCUCUCUGCUGCAGGUCAUCUUGACUGAGAUGAUCAAGCAAUGUGAUCCACAGGACGGGAUCACGGACUCUAUCGUUAUAGAUCCUUACGCCUGCGACUUCCGCCCUGAAGCCAUGCUCUGCACCUCAACAAAUGUCACGUAA